AUGCAUCUUGCUGAGUAUCUUUUCCGUCGCAUUCACGAACUUGGAGUUCGUUCCAUCUUUGGCGUCCCCGGGGAUUUCAAUCUAACCUCCCUUGACUACAUUGCUCCAUGUGGUCUCAAUUGGGUCGGGAAUGUGAACGAGCUCAACGGUGGCUAUGCCGCCGAUGGUUAUGCCCGCAUCAGAGGGAUAGGAGUUGUCAUGACUACAUUAGGCGUUGGCGAGCUUUCGGCCAUUAAUGCCCUAGCAGGUUCAUGUGCCGAGCAAGUACCAGUCAUCCACAUUGUCGGGUAUCCCUCGACAUCUGUGCAGGAGGAGCGAUUGCCAAUGCACCACACAUUGGGAAAUGGCGACUUUGGACUAUUUGCCAAAAUGAGUGCCGAAAUCUCGAGCGCCUUAGUCAUUCUGAAGGAUACGUUAGAUGCGACUAAGCUCAUCGACGAAACAAUUCUCGAGUGCUGCCGUUCUAGCAAACCUGUCUACAUUGGCUUCCCGACGGAUCUUGUCAAGGCAGAGGUAGAUCCAUCUCCGCUCGAAUAUCCCCUGAGGCCCGAAGAACCUGGCCGCAUAACCACGGAGGAGGAAGAACACGCCGAGGAUCUGAUCCUCGGCCGUAUCCUGACGGCCCGGAAUCCUGUUAUCAUUGUCGAUGGUCUGGCUGGAAAGUCUUACAAUCUAAGUGCGACGAGGCACUUUGUUCAAAGGUCAGGAUUGCCUUUCUUUGUUACGCCGAUGGGCAAGGGCAUCGUCGACGAGAAUUCGGUAAAUUUUCACGGUUUAUACGCAGGAAAGUAUUCGGAACCUACCGUUUUUGAGCAGGUGCGAUCCUCCGAUUUAAUUUUAGUGCUUGGCCCGCGUCCUGCGGAUUUCAACACAACGGAGCUCAAGCAUGAGUUGCCUCACAUCGAGAGAAUUGAAUUUGAACAUUACAGAAUUCAAAUGCCAUCUCAAGGGAUUAUGGAGGUCGGUAUGAGUGGUAUGCUGGAAAGGCUCAGCAUGAUCCUUGACAAAGGACAGUCAGGAUCUGUCUCCGCGGCCUCCACACCUUCCCGUCAGCUUAGUGGUACUCCUGAUAUACACGAGACCAUCUCAUCUACCUCAAGCCCACUCAGACAAAGUGUGAACGGCGAUGAGCUUAAGGAAUUCGAGAAUAGCCUUGCUGACGAGUCUCAACCGCUGACCCAAUCCUGGACCUGGCAACGAAUAUCUUCAUGGCUUGAAGAGGACGACAUUGUAGCUGCAGACGUAGGAACCGCUGUCUUUGGCUCAUUGUGGACUCGAUACCCGCGCGGGGCAGUCCCACUAGUGCAGAUCCUUUGGUCUUCCAUUGGAUAUGCCGUCGGUGCAGCGGUGGGAGCGGCGCUUGCGGCACGUGAAGAUGAGCAACAGUCCCAAGGUACUCGGCGCCGACGAACCAUCUGCCUCACGGGCGAUGGUAGCUUCCAGCUGACCGCACAAGAAGUGAGCACCAUGGUCCGUCGCAAGCUGGGCAUUAUCAUGUUCAUCGUCUGCAAUGAGGGAUACACGAUAGAACGUUUGAUUCACGGCAGGGAUGCCGACUAUAACGAAAUCCAGUCUUGGGACCACAGGCUUUUGCCAGCUCUGUUCAAGGCCGCUCCGAACACUGCACACACCUAUUCUGUUCGGACUAGGGGUGAGCUGGAUGUGUUGCUCGAUGACCCAUCAUUUGGCUCCGCUGCGCUCUUCGAUGAGAAUAAUCCAGCCCCCUUACGUAUCGUUGAGUUGUAUAUGGACAAGUAUGAUGCGCCGGAUAGUUUGCGAGGCAUGGUCGAUGCGGCCGUGCGGUGA